AUGAAACAGAUCCGUGACCCGCGUCUCUCUCCGCCGCCUCCGCCACCUCUGCCCGAACACGGAACUAUCCACGUCCUUCGCUUCGGACCGAGCCGUCUGCAGUCCCCGGCCAUGACCAACGAGGAGCCGCUGCCCAAGAAGGUUCGCCUCAACGAGUCAGACAUGAAGACGCUGACCAGAGAGGAACUAUGUACCAGGUGGAAACAACAUGAGACGUACAUCCAGGCGCUGGAGGCUAAAUACACAGACCUCUGCUCCAAUGAUGUCCCAGGUCUGAAGGAGUCUGAGGAGAAGCUGAAGCAGCAGCAGCAGGAGUCUGCGCGCCGCGAGAACAUCCUGGUCAUGAGGCUGGCCACCAAGGAGCAGGAGAUGCAGGAGUGUACGACUCAGAUCCAGUACCUCAAGCAAGUCCAGCAGCCCAGUGCGGCGCAGCUGCGCUCGGCCAUGGUGGACCCUGCCAUCAACUUAGUUUUCCUCAAAAUGAAGACUGAACUGGAACAGACUAAAGACAAACUGGAGCAGGCCCAAAAUGAACUGAGUGCCUGGAAAUUUACACCUGAUAGCCAAACGGGGAAGAAGCUGAUGGCCAAGUGUCGAAUGUUGAUCCAGGAGAACCAGGAGCUGGGGCGGCAGCUGUCCCAGGGGCGCAUAGCCCAACUGGAGGCUGAGCUGGCUCUGCAGAAGAAGUACAGCGAGGAGCUGAAGAGCAGCCAGGACGAACUCAACGACUUCAUCAUCCAGCUAGACGAGGAGGUGGAGGGCAUGCAGAGCACAAUCCUGGUUCUGCAGCAGCAGCUGAAGGACAGUCGCCAGCUCCUGUCCCAGACCCAAGGCUCCGCUGGACCCAGUAGGACUUCACAGUGUGGCACCAAGGAGCCAGCUGCUCCGGAGCCCACCGCCCCCAACGAAGGCAAAGACUACAGGGUCUCCAACGGACCAAGUAAUGGGAACUCUUCACAGAGGAGCGAGACCACCACCCCCAGCUUGUACCGAGAGGUGAGCAGCACCGAGGAAGACUUCCCCAUGUCCCCCAAUGUGUCCAGUCCUGGAGAGAGCAAACUGUCCAAUCACUCAGAGGAGGCGGCUCAGACUGCAUCACGAGCCCAGCUGGGCUACGAGAGCGUGGACUCUCCUACAGGCAGCGACACCUCUCUGACCCAACACUCCAACGACACAGACUCCACCACUGACCCCCACGAGGACAAACGCACCAGGCCCAGCCGGACUGCAGGCAGACACAACGGCCUGGACUCUGCCGCAGACUCUCUUUUGUUCCGUCCUGCGCUGUCACUCCGCUUGUCUGGCUGUGGACACGACAUUCGGGACAUUACCCCCACACCAGCACCUGCUCACCCGCUGAACGACGCUUACCUCCCGGGCACCAUGAGCUCCGAACGCGUGGUCAUCGUUUCUGCCGCGCGCACUCCGAUUGGUCCGGUGGAGGUGACGCAGGAUGAGUUUCCCCGUCAUGGCAGUCAUAUUGACUCCGUGUCUAAACUCAGACCGUGUUUCAUCAAAGAUGGUUCUGGAACAGUCACCGCCGGCAACGCUUCAGGUAUAAACGAUGGUGCGGCUGCGGUCCUGCUGAUGAGUGAGCAGGAGGCCCAGUGCCGGGACCUCAGGACUCUGGCUGAGGUCGUGUCCUGGGCUCAGGCUGGAGUGGACCCGGACGUCAUGGGGACGGGACCCAUCCCAGCGAUAAGGAAGGCUGUACAGAAGGCCGGGUGGCAGAUGGAGGAGGUGGAUCUGUUUGAAGUGAACGAAGCCUUCGCUGCUCAGUCCAUCGCUGUGGUCAAAGAACUGGGACUGGAUCUGGACAAGGUGAACGUGAGCGGAGGGGCCAUCGCCCUGGGGCACCCCAUCGGGAUGUCGGGGUGUCGGGUUCUGGUGACUCUGAUCCACGGCCUCCUCAGGACGGGGGGGCGCAGGGGCGUGGCCUCGCUCUGUAUCGGGGGCGGGAUGGGCAUCGCCGUGUGCGUCCAGACGCAGUAA